AUGGAUGGCAACACUGACACAUCCUCAAGAGAGGCAAGCAGCACAGGCACGUCGGUGAACGCAAGGUCUUACCCGGUUACCCAGACAAUACUUGAGUUGCAGCCCAUAUAUGAGAAACUUGACAAGUUUUUUGCCAGUGGUUCUGAAUCCUCUGCGGAGGAGAUUGCAGAGAAUGUUGAUGAACUUGUUGAUAAAGUCAUCAACUUGGAGCUCAAAUUCCCAAAACAGACAGCACAAAUCAAUCAACUCAUACAAGAGAAUGAGAACCUAAAGAAUAAACUGGAUGAGUUACAAGACGAGAUGGCACUUCGUGAUGACCAAAGCAACUUAAAUGAACAGAUCAAGCAAUUAGAGGAUGAGUUUAGAACAGUCCGAGUUCUUGAAAGAUCAAUAAUUGAGGAAGAAGCCUCUGUCAGCAUAGGCUUUUCUGAAGUUUUUAGCUGCAUAAUUAAUAUCUCAAAGGCACUUGGAUCUGUUGGUCCUGAAGACCUGCAUAAUUUGUCAACUGCGGUAGGGGAUGGUGCAACGGUUUUAAAAGAUGUGGUCCUGGAGCACUCUACAGAAGAGAGCAAGGGUGGGAAGUUCAGAGACAUAGAUGCACCAACUCUAAGUCAUAGUUUGGGCCAAGAUAGAGAAAAUGUCUCGGAAGUGGUUAAUGAUAAUGAAAAUGAAAACAGAGUUCAUGAUUCAGGUGAGGGCAAUGUUGAUAGCUCACCAGGAGAAGUAUUCCAGAGUUCAUCAGAAAAUGAGAAUGGAAGUAGAAACUUCCCUAAAGGCGAAAUUGUGAGAGGUGAAUAUCCAUUGGGAAUUGUCAGACAGACUCAUCUCCUCCGCUCAGGUAGUAUGGAUACUUUAGACAAGAAAUAUGGCUCUAAUAAAGCUUCUCAGUCAUUAAUGGAGGUUGCUGAGGGAAAUAUUGAUGAUGGAAGUUCUUUUACCAGCAGUAGUGUAAUCCAGGAGGAAGGACUUGGAGAUAGUAAAUCACAAAAUACCAGUGGGCAGAUUAGUCCAAUUGCUUCCUCAGAGUUGUACAGUUUAAAGGAAAAAGAUUCCCUAGAAGAAUCCUCAUUGCCAGAAGCUACGUGUUUCAGUGGUGCCGAUAAGAACCUGCACUUGGGGCAUGCAAAUGAAGCACAAUCUGUUGAAGAAUUGCCAGACCAAGGUGGUCAACUAAAUGGGCCACAAAAUAUUGAAAGUUUGAACGAAUGCAGCCAAGUUGGAUUGCUCAAAGAGGAUGACUGCAUUUCAUUAGGUCAUGUUGAUAAUAUCCAAGAUAUGAAGAACAGGUAUUCCUCAGAAGUGAGGGAUGAAACUUCUCUCUGUGUGCCAACUGGAGAUUCUGAGCAAGUUCUGACAAACUUAGAGAAGAAGAGUUCACAUGGCAAAGAGCUUGCAAGCGAAGCAACUACCUCGAACAACCAUGGAGGUAGGAGUCAGGGUGAAAAUUCUGGUUUGAUGGGAGAGGAAUUUGUACCUAGCUGGCAAGAAUUUCUUCUUGAUGGGCUUGAAGGUAGAGAAGCAAUCCUACUAGCUGAGUAUCCUUCAGUUCUGCGGAACUACAAAGAAACAAAGAGAAGGCUUACCGAACUGGAAAAGAAAAACCAGGAGCAUCUUGAAGAGACAAAAGCAGUUAUACGGGAGUUAAGGAAUGCAAAUUCCAUGAAGUAUGUUGAGAUUCGGUCACUAAGAGAUCUCUUAGAUUCCUCGAAGAUGCCUCCCAGUAAAGUGGGUAGUAACUCAAACGGUUUCUUAAGUGUGAGAUCUUUUAGAGAAGUUGACAGGUCAAAUGGCACUUUGGGUACAGAUAUUUCAACUGUGGAGGAAAGCAGUUCUAGCAACAUCGAUGCACCUAACAACACGUCACUUUUUGAAGUGAGGUUCAGAAAUGACAUUGACGCUUUGGUGGAGGAAAAUUUGCAGUUCCUGGUAAGGUAUAGCAUGGCUUGCCAUCACAUGGAGGAGUUUGACAGAAGAUACCAGGAGGUACAGAAUGAAAUGGAGAACAUGGAAGAUAAUAAGACUGGAGAACCUGAUACUCGAGCAGAGCCCGAACCAGCUGAAAAGAAGUUGAGAGAGCUCCGAACUGAACUGGAUGUACGACUGCAAGAGGAGAUAGCCGAAGCCCUGCGUGGUAGCUUGGAGAUGGACAGAGACAAGUUGUUUACACCAUAUGAAGCUGCCAAGUUUCAAGGGGAGGUCCUAAACAUGCAGCAAUCUAACAGCAAGAUUGAGAACGAGCUGCAGGCAGCAUCAGAACGAAUGAGGGGGCUUCAAGCCAAGGUUAACCACGCCCUAGAGAAGCUACGUGAGAGUUUUGAGUUUUCAUCCCAACACUUGUCGCAGCCAGAGACUGAAAGUAGUUAUGGGAAACAGUUCAAGCAUUUUCCAAGUAGGACAAGGGUACCGUUGCGGAACUUCCUGUUUGGAACAAAGCGAAAGAAGAAAUCAAUAUUUGCAUGCAUCAAUCCCACACUCCAGAAACAGUUCAGCGAUUUGUGA